CUCUACACCAACCACGAAGCCACGGAGAAAGAAAGAAAGAAGAGCGAGACGGCUCUCUCUCUCUCUAAUAAAACAGCACACACUCUCACGCCCUUGACUUUCUCUCUCUACUGCGGUUUCUUCUUCCCUCCCCCUCCGUUCUGAAUCUACAUUCCGUUCUCGCCAUGGAUGUUCGCAUCGAUGGCGUCCCUACCGUGUUCUUCUUCUUCUUCGCCUCCCUGGUGUUCCUCGCCGGGAUGUGCCCCGCAUUGCCCGAGCAUUCCCACCCCCGGCCGACGUCGGCCGCCACCGGCUCCGGCCCCGGCCAGAUAAACUCCAACUCCAUCCUCGUGGCAUUGCUCGAUUCGCAUUACACCGAGCUGGCCGAGCUGGUGGAGAAGGCGCUGCUCCUCCAGACCCUCGAGGAGACUGUCGGCAGGCACAACAUCACCAUCUUCGCGCCUAAGAACGAAGCCCUAGAGCGAGAUCUCGACCCGGAGUUCAAGCGCUUCCUGCUCGAGCCGCGGAACCUCAGGUCCCUCCAGACGCUGCUGAUGUUCCACAUUGUGCCGUCCCGGAUCGACUCGGCCAACUGGCCCGAGUCAACUCAGUCGGCUGCGGAGCCCCACGAGGCGCUCUCUCUGUCCAGCCACCGACUACGCCUGGCGAAGCGGGAGUCCGGGGAGAGGGAAGUGGAUCGGGCGCGUGUGAUCCACGCCGACGCCGUGACCCGCCCCGACGGAGUGAUCCACGGCAUCGAGCAGCUGUUGAUCCCGCAGUCCGUGCAGGACGACUUCAACCGGCGCAGGAGUCUACGCUCUAUCACCGCCGUGAAGCCGGAGGGAGCUCCGGAGGUCGACCCUAGGACUCACCGGCUCAAGAAGCCGGCACCGCCGGCGAAGGCUGGGUCGCCGCCGGCGCUCCCGAUAUACGACGCGAUGGCGCCGGGCCCCUCCCUCGCGCCUGCGCCGGCGCCUGGGCCCGGAGGGCCGCACCACCACUUCGACGGCGAGGCGCAGGUGAAGGACUUCAUCCACACACUGCUUCACUACGGGGGUUACAACGAAAUGGCGGACAUUCUCGUGAACUUGACUUCUCUAGCUUCAGAGAUGGGGAGAUUAGUGUCGGAAGGGUAUGUGUUGACUGUCCUGGCACCGAACGACGAAGCCAUGGCCAAGCUCACGACGGACCAGCUCAGUGAGCCGGGCGCGCCGGAGCAGAUCAUGUACUACCACUUGAUACCGGAGUACCAGACCGAGGAGAGUAUGUAUAACGCGGUCCGGAGGUUCGGAAAGGUGAGGUAUGAGACGUUGAGGUUGCCUCACAAGAUGGUGGCGCAGGAAGCGGAUGGUUCGGUCAAGUUCGGGCAGGGCGAGGGUUCGGCGUACUUGUUCGACCCGGAUAUUUACACGGACGGGCGGAUUUCCGUGCAGGGCAUCGAUGGGGUUUUGUUUCCACCGGAGGAGACGACGGAGGCUAAGGUCGAGAAGAAAACGCCCACCAAGGUUGUGGCCAAGCCCCGGAGAGGGAAAUUGCUGGAAUUAACAUGCCAAAUGUUAAGCGCCUUCGGACAGCAUUCUCGACUCACCAGUUGCCAAUGAAACUCAACCCCUGCUUAUACACAGGCUUCACUACAAGCAAUUAAGAUGCGCUGAGAAUGACUGGCUAAGGAUGUAAAAAAGAAAAAAAGUAAUGGAACAGGUGGCUGCACGUCGGAGUUGAAUCCAUUUCAUCAUUUUCGUUUCGGUUUCGUCUUCUUCCUUUUUGUCCUUUAUUUUUUCUGGGUGGAUGGUUCUCAAAAGAGGGAAGGAGUUCUAGCAUAUAUACUACUUAGUACAUAGUGCUUCUUUUUAGGUGGUUGUGAAGGUGGGUGUUUUUGGAAAGUGUGUGUAUUCAAGAACAAACAGGGCAUCUCCUUGCACGAUGUGAUCUGCCCUUCUGAAUAAAACUUUUACAGAAACGUGGAACUCAAUAAAAUGAUUCUUUCCUGUAA